AUGGCCACAUACUGCGACGGCUUGGGGGCCUGCCCGGCCCCGCACAGCCAGGCCCCGGCAGCCUCGCACCCCACGGGCUACGGGCGCAGGGACCCGGGCGCAGCGGGCGUUGGCCCGCGCCUGUGGCUGAACACUCCGGCUCUCGGUCCCGCGCCCUACGCGCCCCCCAGCUACACCGCCCCGGGCCCGCUCCUGGGCGCCCCGGGCGGCCUGGCGGGCGCGGACCUGGCCUGGCUGGGCCUCCCGGGGCAGCAGGAGCUGCUGAGGCUGGUGCGGCCGCCCUACUCCUACUCCGCGCUCAUCGCCAUGGCCAUCCAGAGCGCGCCGCUGCGCCGGCUGACGCUCAGCCAGAUCUACCAGUUCGUGGCCGGCAACUUCCCCUUCUACCGGCGCAGCCAGGCGGGCUGGCAGAACUCCAUCCGCCACAACCUCUCGCUCAACGACUGCUUCAGGAAGGUGCCCCGCGGCGAGGGCGACCCAGGCAAAGGCAACUACUGGACCCUGGACCCCAACUGCGAGAAGAUGUUCGACCACGGGAACUUCCGACGGAAGCGCAGGAGGCGCGGGGAGGCGGGCGCGGCGCUCCCGGGAGCCCGGGGUCCGGGAGUUGCCCGGGCGCCUGUGCUGGAUGCUCUGGGCGCGGGGUCCCCGGACCCGCAGGCCCCCGCGUCCCCGACCGCUUCCGAGGCGGCCACCUGCUUCUCGGGCUUCGCCUCGGCCAUGGGUGCCCUGGCUGGCGGCCUGGGCGCCUUCCCCGGGGGAGCGGCGGGCGACCUUUCUUUCCCACGACCCGCGGCGGUGGACGGCCCCCAGCCCCCUGGCCCCUCCCCAGGCCGCCCCACGGGCCUCCAGACCGCGGCCGCCGGCUUCAGGGUCAGUCACUUGGUCUACAGCCGGGAAGGGACUGGAGUUUGA